AAUAAGGUAUGAGACUGACAGCGGUCCGUCCCGCCCCUUUCUGUUUGCUGCAGCGAGGUGGACUUGCGUGCAGCUGCCUCUUCGUGGAACCAUUGCAUUAACCACAGAGGUUGAGGCCAGUCGGAACAAAACAGUUGGAACACAAAAUGGCUGCCUGGUUGCUGCGUUCAAGCCGACUUGGUGCUCUCAAGUUCGACAGCUGGGGCUCUCUGAGACGUUACCCACUUGCUUUGUUCUGCAGUGAAGCUAAAGAGCCAGUAAAACCAGUGAAAAAUGCAAAGGAUCCAGACAAGACAGGUGAAGAUGAGAGGGCAGCUAUGUGGACUUACAAGACUGCUGUGGCCUUUCCAGUUAAAUUAUCGGAUCCUGGAGUUUUGCCACCUUUCCUAGGUGUAACUAAAGAGCCAGUCCGCUUCACUGCCACAUCAGAAAAAGCUGCAGCAGCAGCAUCUGUUGCUGCUUCCACUAAAUCUGCUGGAGAAAAAUCAUCGGCUGUCACUGCUUCAUCUGAUCUGUGUCAAAGUCAAGAAGAAGGUUCUCAGAUACUUGCUCACGAUACUUUACCGGUAUUUGUAGCAGCUGAAGAAGCUUCAGUCGAGGAACUUUGUAAAGGCUCCGUACCGGGAGACGUUCCUGCCCUUGCUGUGAGCGUGCACGAUGUUGUAAAACCAACUAUGGUUUCUGCUAGGCUUGGGGAUUCAGCAGCUGAGGAACUGUCUUCCUCAUCAUCCAGCGACUCUGAUACAGACUCAGACUCAGACUCAGACUCUGAGAGCAUUCCUGAAGACGAGAAUUUGGAGGUAGAAACUGAAACCAGAAGCUUUUCUUUGGAAUUGCAACAACCGGGUCUUCAAGAGCAGAGAGAAAUUAAAGAGCUUAUAGUUAGUGGAGUGGCUAAGGGCCUUCCUAGUGCAGAGGAAGCAGCAGAUCAGUCUGUAGUCCAGGCCUCCACAGAUAAUUUGCGAGACUCGGCCUUCGAUGUCCUUACUGCUACAAAAAAUGCAGCUGAGCUCACCAGUUCAGAUUUGCCAACCCAUACUGCUCCUGCCGAUACCCUGUGUGAAGCUCCAGCUGUACCUGUGGAGCAACAUGAAGCUCCAGACAAAGCCCAGUCUAAUUCUCCUUUAAAAGCAGUAGAUGCGCUUACAGAACUGGAACAAGGCUUAGGGGAUGCUGGUGAAGAAUCGUGUGGGAAAACGUCUACUAUCGGGGCUGUACAGUCGAAGGCCGUCUCUGCUGAAGUAGCUGCUGACCAUCCAGCUGAAGUAGCUGCUGACCAUCCAGCUGAAGUAGCUGCUGACCAUCCAGCUGAAGUUGGCACCUCUGUUGAGCUGGAGGACUCUGCCCAGGUGCUAGUGGAAGCUACUGGAGAGGAGCUGCAUGCCGAGACCCCUGCUGAACGGCCUGAGGAGUCGGCAGCAGUACCGCCGGAGCCUUUUGACAACAGCACUUACAAGAACUACCAGCACCACAGCUACACCAGCUUCACAUUUGCAGACCUGGAUGUGGAGAUGGCCAAGUAUCGUCUCCCUCAGCCCUCGUCCGGCAGACCGUCACCCAGACACUAGGGAGUAGGUGGUGUGGACAGCGGUGGUGGCGAUCUUGCGAAACCAGUUGUUAAAGUGUGUUAUGAUUAAAGAAGUGUAAGAAAUGAAGU